AUGAUUGCGAAUAAGGAGACUAUCAAGUCCGCCUGGACCUCUGAUGAAGGAUCCAUGGCCAUGAAGACUUCUCAAUCUUUUUGGCCCAAGGUAAUCCAAGAUAUAAUCGACGAUGUUUCCAGCACCUGCAAAAGCCUAUCUCCUUCCCCUGCCCUUGACGAGUUACAGUCCAUACAGGGCAACCUUGAGUCCCUACAAACUGAGAUUAUCAACGACGUUGAACUACUCCCCCUUGACGAUGAUGGCUCUUCUGACAUCGGGGCCUACAACGGGCAACUCAACAAUCUGGGUAGAGUAACUUGGCUUAAUUGUCCCUGGCUGUAUGGAGAAUGCUACAUGUACAGACGUGUCCAGCUUAUGUUUUCCAUGUCAACGUCAUGGAAAGGCUACGAUGUCUUUAAGAGGCAAAAACACUCUUUCCUAGUCAAAUCACAGUCAUCCAUCGAACACCUCGCUAUCAAAUACAUUCCAAUCCUCGCAAAUCCAAAUAAGUUUCUUAAGUUAUUAGACGACAACAAAGCUAUGACAGUGUUUCUCGACGUGGUCAACCUGGCCUUAUGGGGAAAUGCUACCGACUCCUCGCUUAUCGCCGAUCUCAACUCCACAGAGAUUCAAGCUCUACAUGGACAACCAGCAAUAGACAAAAUGAAGGAAAUCAUCGUCGACAACGACGCUUUAGAGGCAUGGGAAUAUUUACGAAAUGCCCGAGAGACCAAACCGGCACGUCAUAUCGACAUGGUCCUUGAUAACGCCGGAUUCGAAUUAUUCACAGACCUGAUUUUCGCGGCGUAUCUCAUCGAAUCAGACCUCGCUACUGACAUUACUCUGCACGCCAAGCCCUUUCCAUGGUUUGCCACCGAUGUGACACCGAGGGAUCUAGAAUUCGUCCUCGAUUAUCUACAGUCCAAUGGCGUUGCCUUUCUAGCAUCUCUUAUCAAGAAAUACCUCGACAAUGGUGUAAUGCGCAUCGAGUCAGACCCCUUUUGGACAACAGCUUCCUCUUUCCAUGAGAUGAGGGAUCAAGCGCCGAAGCUAUUUCAGCGUUUGCAGGAUAGUCAUUUGACGAUAUGGAAGGGAGACUUGAACUAUCGAAAAUUAAUUAAAGACGGUCUAUGGCCGUACACCACACCUUUCAAGAGUGCACUGGGCUGUCUUGGUCAAGGGAGUCAGGUCAAGGUUCUCGCUUUAAGCAUGAACAGGUCUGAUACUUGUGUGGGAAUAGAUAGUGAGGAGAAGGUUGAGGUUCUUGAUGCGAUAGCACCUGGAAAUUCAUGGGUUCGGGAUGGAACAUAUGCUGUGGUGUCGUUCAGCAAUGGUCUUUAA